CCACAAAUGCAAUGCCACGUGUGAGAAAAGCAAUCUCAAAUCCUUGGCCACACUAUUGUUGUUAUUACUAUGAGUGGCACUUGUUUUGUUUCCCAUAGCAAAGAAGAAGCAUCAUUUGCAGAAGCAGCAACACUUAGUCUGAGCUGAAAAAUGGCCUCUUCAGUGAUGGCAUCUGUGGCCCUUAAACCUGCCCCUUUCAUUGUUGAGAAGUCUUCUGUCAGAGGACUUCCCUCCCUUUCAAGGAACUCCUCUUCCUUCAGAGUUGUGGCCAGUGGUGGCAAGAAGAUCAAGACUGACAAGCCCUAUGGAAUUAAUGGUGGCAUGGACUUGAGGGAUGGACUUGAUGCAUCUGGCAGGAAAGGAAAGGGAAAGGGUGUGUACCAAUUUGUUGACAAAUACGGUGCUAAUGUUGAUGGAUACAGUCCUAUCUAUGACACCAAGGACUGGUCUCCAACCGGUGAUGUCUACACUGGAGGUACGACUGGUUUGGCUAUCUGGGCUGUAACCCUACUUGGUCUGCUAGCUGGUGGUGUACUUCUUGUCUACAACACAAGUGCUUUGGCACAAUAGACUUUGCAGAUCCAUGUUUAUGUUACAACUUAGUUCAUGUAACUAUUUAAAAUUCUAGAAUUCUUCAUCAACUACUUUGUGGAUAUCUGCUGUUGCUUCUGUUCUAUAAAUGCCUGGAUGUCAAAAAUAUUUUCCUUACUAUAAUCAUGCAUGCAUCUUCGUUCCAUGUAAUUCCAUUUGUCAUACCACUUUCUUUACAAAGGAAACCAGUAAAUGUUUUUUUAACA